GAUGUAUUCUCUAGCAUGCCAGGAAAAAUUAAGGAUGGAAGCAAUGCUAAUGUUGCAGAUAAUCACUACCACUUUUACAAGAAAGAUUUGGAGCUAAUGCAUUCUCUUGGAGUGAAUGCUUACAGAUUUUCAAUUUCAUGGUGUAGAAUCCUCCCAAGAGGUAGAUUUGGGGAGGUUAAUCCUGCUGGAAUUGAAUUCUAUAACAAUCUAAUAAAUUCUCUGCUACUCCAAGGGAUACAACCAGUUGUUACAUUGAACCAUUUUGAUAUUCCUCAAGAACUUGAAGACCAAUAUGGAUCAUGGACGAGUCCAGAAAUACAGAAAGAUUUUGGGUAUUUGGCGGAGAUAUGUUUUGAAGCCUUUGGCAAUAGAGUGAAACACUGGAUCACAUUCAAUGAACCAAACAUCUUCAUUAAAUUUGGUUACAUGACUGGUGAAUUCCCACCCAACCAUUGCACGCAACCAUCAGCUAAUUGCAAAUUUGGAAGAGCAGCCAAUGAACCUUAUAUCGUUGCACAUAACAUGAUAUUGUCACAUGCCACUGCAGUAGAGAUUUACAGGACAAAAUAUCAGUAUAAGCAAGGAGGUAUGAUCGGAAUUGUGCUGAAUGGGAUAUGGUAUGAGCCACUUAGAAAUGUCACAACAGAUCAUUUAGCAGCUGAGCGGGCUCUCUCUUUCUUCCAUGCAUGGUUCAUGGAUCCUAUAAUGUAUGGUGAAUACCCUUCAGACAUGCGUCAAAUUUUGGGUCCUAUGUUACCUACAUUUUCAGAAGAAGAGAAGGAGAAACUAACGAAUAAGCUAGACUUUAUUGGAAUUAAUCAUUAUACGACUCUAUAUGCACAAGAUUGCUUGUUUUCUCAAUGCAACUUGACUACCUCACAAAUAGAUGCCUUUGCAUACACCACAGGAGAAAGGGAUGGCAUCCCUAUUGGAGAUCUGACACCCAUGAAAGAUUGUUAUGUGGUUCCUCGCGGUAUGGAGAAAAUCAUCUUGUAUUUCAAGGAGAGAUACAAUAAUACUCCAAUGUUCAUUACAGAAAAUGGAUAUGCAGAUGCAAGUUAUGUUGGUGUUGGUUUAGAUGAUUUGGUCAAUGAUACAAAGAGAGUAGAAUACCUCAGUAGUUAUUUGGCUUCUCUUAACAUGGCCUUGAGGCAUGGAGCAGAUGUAAGGGGUUACUUUGUGUGGUCUCUUCUUGACAACUUUGAGUGGCAAUUUGGGUAUACAUUGAGGUUUGGGAUUCAUUAUGUGGACUAUAAGACACUAGAGAGAAUACCAAAACUCUCUGCAAUGUGGUACAAGCAAUUUCUUGAUGGAGUGAAGAUGGUAGAACAGAAGAACAUUAAAAUCAGACGGCUAUCUUCCUAA